AAGUUGCCAGAGCGGCACCGGAAACCAUCGAGACUAAGCGGAAGUUGCCAGAGCGGCACCGGAAACCAUCGAGACUAAGCGGAAGUUGCCAGAGCGGCACCGAAAACCAUCGAGACUAAGCGGAAGUUGACAGAGCGGCACCGGAAACCAUCGAGACUAAGCGGAAGUUGCCAGAGCGGCACCGGAAACCAUCGAGACUAAGCGGAAAUUGCCAGAGCGGCACCGGAAACCAUCGAGACCAAGCGGAAAUUGCCAGAGCGGCACCGAAAAACACAGAGACUAAGCGGAAGUUGCCAGAGCGGCACCGGAAACCAUCGAGACUAAGCGGAAGUUGCCAGAGCGGCACCGGAAACCAUCGAGACUAAGCGGAAAUGGCCAGAGUAGCACCGGAAACCAUCGAGACUAAGCGGAAAUGGCCAGAGCGGCACCGAAAACCAUCGAGACUAAGCGGAAAUGGCCAGAGUAGCACCGGAAACCAUCGAGACUAAGCGGAAAUGGCCAGAGCGGCACCGGAAACCAUCGAGACUAAGCGGAAGUUGACAGAGCGGCACCGAAAACCAUCGAGACUAAGCGGAAGUUGACAGAGCGGCACCGAAAACCAUCGAGACUAAGCGGAAAUUGCCAGAGCGGCACCGAAAACACAGAGACUAAGCGGAAGUUGCCAGAGCGGCACCGGAAACCAUCGAGACUAAGCGGAAAAUGCCAGAGCGGCACCGGAAAUCAUAGAGACGGAGCGGAAAUGGCCAGAGCGGCACCGGAAACCAUGGAGACUAAGCGGAAGUGGCCAGAGCGGCACCGGAAACCAUGGAGACUAAGCGGAAGUUGCCAGAGCGGCACCAGAAAGCAACGAGACUAAGCGGAAGUUGCCAGAGCGGCACGAAAAAAAACCAUCGAGACUAAACGGAAGUUGGCAGAGAAGCACCGGAAAUCAUCGAGACUAGGCGAAAAAUGCCGAGCGGCACCGGAAACACAGAGACUAAGCGGAAGUUGCCAGAGCGGCACCGGAAACCAUAGAGACGAAGCGGAAAUGGCCAGAGCGGUACCGGAAGUACCAAGAUUAAGCGGAAGUGACCAGAGCCGGACCGGAAACCAUCGAGACUAAGCGGAAGUUGCCAGAGCGGCACCGAAAAAUCAUAGAGACGCAGCGGAAGUGGCCAGAGCGGAACCAGAGCUACAGAGACUAAGCGGAAAUUGCCAGAGCGGCACCAGAAACCAUCGAGACUAAGCGGAAGUGGCCAGAGCGGCACCGAAACUUCGGAACCAAGCGAAAAUAGCCGUAACGGCGCCGGAAACCAUCGAGACUGAGCGGAAGUGGCUAGAACGACGCCGGAACCACAAAGACUGAGCGGAAGUUGCCAGAGCGGCGCCGGAAACCAUCGAGACCAAGCGGAAGUGGCCAUAGCGGCCCCGGUAACCAUGGAGACGGAGCCGCGCCGGAAGCGGAAGUGGCGCGAGGCGAAGGCGCGGUGAGGGCGGCCCGGCGGGUCCCGGAGGGGCUUUGGGGGUCCCGGGGUGUUCCCGGGGGGUCCCUCGGCUCCCUCAGGCCAUGGCGGACCCGUCGCUGCUCUCGGCCGAGCUGGAGGCGGACGAGGAGGAGGAGGCGGCGCUGCGGCGGCUGCUGCUGCAGGUGACCCCGGACCGUGAGGAGGCGCCGAGCCCCGGCCCCGCCCGGGCGGUGACCCCGCAGCCGGGUCUGUGUGUCAAGACCCGCGCCCUGCGGGGGGGCCACAAGGUUUUCCUCAACGUUUGCCACUCGCCCGAGGUGCCCCCCCCGCCCCCCGUGCCCCCCCCGGGGCUGCAGCAGCUCCUGCGGGACCCCCCCGGCCCCGGGGGCUCCUUCCGCAUCCCGAUGAGCCUGGGGGAGCCCCACGCCGAGCUCGACAGAGGAGGGAGGGGCUGCACGGCCUACGACGUGGUGGUGAACUCGGGGUUCUUCAGGACCCUGCAG